AUGGCACAUGGUUGGAUUUUACUGUUUCUUAUCGCUGCGCGUUACAAUAUCGAAUCGAUAAUAGGGUUACAGAUCGGUCCAUUCACAGUCCCUUCGGUAGGAAAUGGCGGUGCCGUCGGGUACUCAAACAGUCCGUUCAACGCAUCGCUUAAUCCUUCAGCAAGAAGUGCCUCGUUCCAAGCGCAAAUUCAUCAAAGCGGUGUAGGAAACAGUGGAGUGUUGCCAUCCGGCUCGUUACUCACGAACGUCGCCGAUGAACGAAUAGAGCAACUAUCGAAGACUCUUGGCACGGUCACAAAUCCUCAGUAUUGGAGCAAUAUUUCGUCGAUUGCAGCAUCGAACAUUUCCUCAGAUCGUGCUAAUCAACUCUCCCGAGGAAACGACAACCUUUCGAUCCUUCCCAACGUUUCGGCUGAAGCGAGUGGCAGAAAUGUUAGUGGAAAUCGAAAAGAUCCCCACUACUAUCCCGGAAGGACGGUGAUGGUUCACCUGUUCGAAUGGACAUUCGCCGAUAUCGCUGAAGAGUGCGAACGUGUGCUUGGUCCAGCCGGAUACGGUGGUGUGCAGGUGUCACCGGUUAACGAAUAUGUUGUCGCACCGAAUCGUCCCUGGUGGGAACGCUACCAGCCUAUUUCGUACGAGAUCCGCUCCCGAUCGGGCAAUGAAGAUCAGUUCGCUGCCAUGGUACGUCGCUGUCAGCGAGCUGGUGUGCGGAUCUACGUGGACGUGGUCGUAAACCAUAUGGCAGCCGUUGGGCUCCGUGUGCCACUGUACGGUACGGCUGGCUCGCCAAGUGACCCGGAGAACCGGUUGUACCCAGGCGUUCCGUACAAUCGAACACACUUUCAUCCGGAAUGUACGAUCACAAACUAUCAGUACGCGGAGGAGGUUCGAAAUUGUGCACUCGACGGACUUCCAGAUCUAAAUCAAACGGAGUCUUAUGUCCAGGAUCGAAUUGUAGACUUUAUGAAUCGAUUGAUUAAGCUCGGAGUUGCCGGCUUCCGAAUGGAUGGCAGCAAACAUAUGUGGCCAACCGAUCUUGAAGUUAUCUACAAGCGGCUGCAUCCUCUCAAUAGUUUGUUUGAGUUUCCACCAUUUUCGACCCCUUUUAUUUAUCAGGAAGUAAUAGAUCUUGGGCAGGAACCGAUCACGGCAUCACAAUACACCUACCUUGGGGAAGUCACAGAAUUCAAAUAUUCAAUGUACAUCGGGCUCAUCUUGCGGGGCACACUGGAUGCUACGGCACUGCGAGCACUGGUGGCCGAAAACUCUACCCAGUACGGAUUGAUACCGUCUGACUCGGCACUGGUGUUCGUGGACAACCAUGACAAUCAACGAGGACACGGUGCUGGUGGUGCCUCAAUUCUUACCUUCAAGGAUGGACCAAAGUACAUCCAAGCCGUUGCUUUCACCUUAGCCACCGAUUAUAGUACUGCACGAAUAAUGAGCUCAUACAACUUUACCGACUCCGGCCAGGGACCACCCGCCGAUGGCUUGGAGCAAAUCGUAUCGCCCGGGUUCAAUUCCACCGACGGAAGCUGUUCCAACGGAUGGAUCUGUGAACAUCGAUGGCCCGUAUUUCGGCGGAUGGUAGGCUUUCGUAACUUUGCAGCCGUCGCUCCACUGACCGAUGUGCAGACGACGAGUGGCACGUUUGCAUUCUGCCGUGGUAAUAUUGGAUUUGCGGUUUUCAACACCGGCACCGUGACACGUGAUGGAGUGUUUCAAACAUGUCUUCCUCCGGGGGAGUAUUGCGAUUUGAUUUCGGGCGAAAAACAAGCAUCAGAGUGUACCGGAAUGAGAGUUCUGGUAACCGGCGAUGGGACAGUUGGUUUGACACUUCCGGUUAAUUCGUCCGUUGUACUUGACCUGCGCAAUCGUGUUGUAUAGUAAACAAAAUAUAGCACGCAAAGAGUUGCAAAAUAUAUAAUAAAA